GUACCUUGCCGUAGAACGAGCAUCUGUUCAUUGACUCCAUUCCAUCCAGUGCUGAAUUGAUUGUAAAGUCCCUUAAAUAUUCAAAAGAAAUGGCCGAAGAAGGUAGUUUUGGCGGCGGUGCGUUCACCGUGGAUGGAGAUAAGGAUGAUUUGAUUGGAGAAACACAACGUCCUAUUGGAAAAGGAGGCCAUUUGUUGCAAACCAGUAACAGCUUCACAAGUGAAGGCAGUCACAAAAAUGAAGCUUCGCCUCUACACAAAACAAAGCAGAUACUCCAGUCUGGCAAGGAGAUAUCUCAGUCACGAGGCUUGAAGAUAAUUGUCAUAUGUGCUGUCCUCUUUGCCAUCAUUAUAACCAUUGCUCUUAUCUUGUCAAUUGUGUUUGGAGAGCCACAGGUGGGUGGUAAUGCUGGUGUAGCAGCCGAUGUUCCCAUAUGCUCAGAUAUGGGUAGAGAUAUUCUUCAAGAUGGAGGUAAUGCUGUGGAUGCCAUGGUUACCACCAUGCUCUGUGUAGGAGUAGUGGAUGCACAAAGCUCUGGAUUAGGAGGAGGCGGCUUUAUGCUUAUCCAUGACCAUAAGACUCAUGAGUCAUCAGUGAUAGACUUUCGUGAGAUGGCACCAGCAACAGCUAGUCCUGACAUGUAUCAAGGCACAGAGCAAUCUUUGGUGGGUGGUCUGGCUGUCGGAGUCCCUGGAGAAUUAAAGGGCAUGCAGACGGCCCACAACAAGUAUGGAAAGUUAUCAUGGAAAAAGGUGAUCCAGCCCGCAGCAGAUCUCGCCAGGAAUGGAUUUAAAGUGACACCCAGCAUGGCAAAAGUUUUCACAGAGGGAAAAGUGAAAAAGGCAGAAUUUAAAGGAAUGAUGGAAGAUAUAUACUUAGAUGAGAAUGGGGACUUUGUUCAACAGGGAACACAAAUCUCUCGUCCACAGUUGGCUGACACACUGGACAUCAUUGCAGAGCAUGGUGCAGACGCCUUCUACAAUGGGCAGCUCUCCAAAUCAAUCAUUGAUGCGGUGUCCAAGGCCACACCCCCAGGAAUUAUGACGUUAGAAGAUCUCAAAAACUAUGAUGUUGUGAUCAGGAGAGCUGUCCAAACUACAUACAAUGGUCACACAUUACUCUCUACUCCUGCUCCAGCCUCAGGAUCUGUUCUACUGUUCAUCAUGAAUGUUUUAGAAGGAUUCAAGUUUACAAAGGCAGACAAAAAUAGAGUACAGACCUUCCAUAGAAUCAUAGAGACAUUAAAGUUUGCAUUUGAAAAACAACAACAGUUAGGUGACCCAGACAAAGACACUACAGGGCAGGUGAAGAAUGUAACAGAUUUCUUAAACAGCAAAGCUGAAGCAAGUUAUAUACGUAGUCUUAUUUUGAAUGUAACCAAGGAUGAAACAGGACAGUUUAAUAAGCUUGACAAAGGCACUUCCCAUAUCUCCAUUAUUGAUGCUCAGGAACUCAUGGUCUCCGUAACAACCACUGUGAAUCAGUGGUUUGGAUCAAGAGUGAUGACAUCAACUGGCAUCUUACUCAAUGACCAAAUGGCAGACUUCUUUGUACCAACACCAGGCUCUACACAGACUCAGAACCAGCUAAAUGCUAUAGGGCCUGGGAAACGUCCACUAUCCAACAUGGCUCCUGCUAUUCUACUAAACGAAGAUCGGCCAUGUUCACUUCGUAUGGUUGUAGGAGCUGCUAAUGGAUCCCGCAUCAUUUCAGGUGUUGUGGAAACACUCUUGAAUGUUGUAUCAUUUGGAGAGAGCAACCUGACAAAGGCAAUUUUUGCACCCAGGAUCCACUAUGACGCUAUAUCCCGUGACACAGAAUAUGAACCUGGUUUCCCAGAGAGUAUAGUAAAAGGCUUGUCAGAGGAUCAUGGGCACAAAAUGGUGCGUACUGUGGAAGGAAUCAACAUUGUACAAGCUGUGUCAAAAGUCAACAAUACCUUACAGGCAGUUUCCGAUCCGAGGAAGUGGGGACGUGCAGCCACACUGGAGUAAUAUGUAUCUCCCUUGUCAAAAUUCAUUAUUUUGGAAAUCCAAGUUUUCUUCUCUGCCAUUGGAAUAUGCUUUGCUGGCAAAUAUCAGAAUCUUUUUGCACCAACUAUGUGCCAAUUUUAGUUGCAAAAAAUCACUGAAUUGGCUGAUCAUGAGCCAGAACAUAUUCCAAUCAUAAAGGGAAGCUGUGUAUGUGAAGAGAAGAAAUCUUUGAAUUCAAAAAUGAACACAAAUGAUGUUGUCUGUUCUUUAAAGUGCAAUAAAACAAUACUUUUAUAAUAUGAUACAAAUAAUAUACUGUAAUGUAUAAUGAAAAAUGUUGAUUUUAGUUAUCAGUUCUCUUUCAAAUAUUUGAUCACAAAUUUAGAAUUUGAUGUAGAAAAAGUUAAAAUACACCAUCAAUGUGUAGUGUACCAAUGUUAGGGCCCACAACCACUUAAUUACAGAGUUAGUGCUCAAUGUUGAAAUUUUGUGUCUAGAGAAUUACUUUUCCUGCAUUUAAACUUGGAUAUUGAAAUGUGAUGUAUACAAAGUCAUGUAAAAGGUGCAUCACAGCAAAGUCUGGGUCCAUGACCCCUCAGUACAUUGUUAUUGUCAUUUGUUAUAAUUUUGUGUAAUAAGCAUAGCUUUUCUUUCACCAAAACUAGGAACAUGUAACUUGGUGUAUGCAUCAGUCAUAUUAAGAGAAUGUGCAGUAUAAAAAAUUCAGUGUGUGCAACCCCUUAAUUAAAGAAUUAUGGUCUUUUGUUAAAAUUUUGUGUUUAAUACAUUUUUAUGGGGCAUUGAUUGGUUUCAAUGGUACUCUUGUUUGAGUAAAGAAUCAGACUUUAUAUUAAUUGGAACAGGACUGUAUGUAUAUACAUAUUUAACGAAGCAGUGGUGUCUCAUUGAAUAGGUAGACUUUAUUGUUAUUCCACUGAAUGUUGUUUUUUGGUUGAUAUGAUGGUUGUCAGUAUAAAGUGAAAUGUGAUAUUGUUUUCUAGCUUACUUAGCUUAUUCAUUGUGAUAUUGGUGUAUAUUGUGGUAUCAAUUGAGAUAAGAAUUAUUUUAUGAAUGUUAGUUAAAUAUGAAACAGUUGUGGAAGUUUUUUCUAGUGAAGUUCUUAGAUAUGACAGUUUGGUGUUUAUUGUUUAAUUCAGGUUUGUUUAUAUUUCUGAGUUUAUAAGUUGUAGAACUUUUCUAAAGUGAAGUUCUGUCAAUAUUCAACAUAGAUGAAAAACCUCACUGACAUAUGUUAUUGGUAAAGUACAACUCUCUACUUUGAGUGAGGUAAAGGUUUAUGUAAUAAUAAACAUCUGCAUUUUUAGUUUUUAUGGAAAUACAUGUACUUAUGGACAGUUAUUAGAUUUUCGAAGAAAUUAUGAUGAAUUUUUUCCACCUUUUCUGGAUCCCAGUUUGAGACUUCUUUGCCUCACUCUAGGAUGAAAGACUGUAAUAAACAUUGUAUGAUGUUGUUGAUGUUGCACCAAUAAUCAAAUGAUACCACAUCAUCCAUGCGGUUAUUUCACACAUGGCAAGCAGGGUAAGAGAAAAUAAUUACCGGUAUUUACCCCUUUGCAGGUGGAUCUCAACCCUUGGGGAAAGAUUAUUAGUUGCCAAAACUUUGUGUUUGCAACUUAAAAAUCUUCCUCUUUGGAAUGAUGUUCCCUUACCUCACCUUGAAGAGGCAGAUAGAUUCUAUUCAUCAUCAUUCAUUAUCCAGCAUGUCAGUUGCAAAAAUCUGAGAAACUUUUCAUUUAUUUUUCUGCAUAAAAAAAUGUAUAAUAUGUUCAAUAUUUCUGAAUGAGCUAAAGUUUAAACUUACUAUUUGAUAAAACACUUGUAUUACAUUUCACAGAUUUGUCAUGUCUAAUUUUAUGAUAAAUACAUCCAUCUCUAAAUGCGAUCUUUAAUAGGAAUGAAUCUCAUGCUGCCUUCACUAUGCUCAUAACAUUCCUAAAAGGGUGUUUGAUAGUGUUUUUAAAUGCUUUACUUAUAAAUAAUUCCAUUCAAUGUAACAUUCCAUAUUGUCAGAUUGAGGAAUGACUGUAUUUCAGUAAGUUGAGAAUGAAACCAUUUAGUGUACUUUUUUUCAUUAAAUUAUAUUAUUUUAUAAA